AUGGACCUCUCAGGGGAUCGAACAACUUUAAAGCGUCACUCGUCGCUUUCGACACUUGUGGCUCAUUUCUUUGGCAUCUUAGCCGUUGUUCUAAUGCUCAUAUGGCUUCUCCAUUACCGUGAAGGCAUCGAGUAUGGCUCCGACAAUCCCCUUAAGGUUUUAAAUGUGCACCCAUUUCUCAUGUACUGCGGAUUUCUCUUCCUCGUGGGCCAAGCGAUGAUGACGUACAAAACGGCGUAUGCGUCGCACCAAGUACAGAAAAUGGUUCACGGUGGGCUUCACUUGAUAGGCUUAGUUCUAGGCAUUGUCGGAAUUUGCGCCGCCUUUCGAUUCCACGACAUGGUAAACAUUAAAGACAUGGUCUCUCUUCAUUCCUGGAUCGGUCUCACCACUUUCAUCCUCCUCGGCAUCCAGUGGCUAUUCGGUGCGUUCACAUUCCUUGCGCCACAAUCUUCUUCGGGGACAAGAACGAGGAUGAUGCCGUGGCACGUCUUAGGUGGUCGGGCUCUACUUUAUAUGGGUAUUGUCGCAGCACUUACCGGACUCAUGGAAAGAGCCACGAUGCUUGGUCAGAGCACAAACGCUGAGUCACGUCUCAUUAACUUCACCGGCUUAGCCAUUCUACUCUUUGGCGUUUCCGUCGACUUCUCCGUCGCUCUUGGCCGUUAUACUUGA